UGAAUAUCAUGCACAGAGCCGGGCCAGGUCUUAGACUAAAGUGAAGGAGGAAGAUAAAGCAGGUCCUUGAGACUUCAGGAGAACCUGGGUGAGCCAGCACUACUCCACCUGGUAUAGGGAGGAAUGCAUGUGCCAUUCUUUCCUAUGGUUCAAUGUUCAUGUAUAUUUCUCUAAAGCAAAGACAUUGGAGUGGAAUUUGUACCCUGGAUUGAAAAUAUGGAAAGAGCUACCAGCAGUAAGGAAGACCCAGUCCCCAGCAUACAUGGGAUUAAAGAUAUUUAUGAGGGUGAAGACAAUGGCAAACAAAUCUCCCCCAAAUGCUGCUCCAGCAGAGAGUUUAUCUCCAUGGCAACCUCUGAGGAGCCUGAAGUUGCAGAAGAAAUGGAAAAGGAGAGCAGUGCUCUGAGUCUAUCCGGACUUUUCCAGUUGGACGACAGUUAUGAAACGUGUUCCUCCAAAUCUGUCCUGGAAACGGGAGAAAGCAUCCAGGGUAAGAAAGAAGGUGGCGACGAGGACCUGUGAGUGUGAAAGAGGAAAGAACAGUGAGCGAAUUGGUUAGUCAUUGCUCCCCUGACUCUCCUUG